AUGGAAUCGUCGAUGAAUAAAAAUGCAGUUCAAUAUCUGAUUCACAAUCCAUUUUCUACGUUGACGUAUGAAGAGCAAAUAGAAAUAAAAGAACUAGGACGACCUACUCCAGACCUAAAAGGUCUCGUUUCAAAAUCGUCAAAAGGUAACAAGGAAUACACUCGUCGUUUUCAUACAGAUAGCUACGAAAAACACACGUGGUUAUGCGGGUGCGAAGUCGAACAAGCGGUGUUUUGUUUUCCGUGUUUAUGUUUUGGUAAUGAAACCUCAUGGACUAAUUCUGGUGUAAGACACUUGGGCCAUUUAUCAACGAAAAUAAAAAAACACGAAAAUUCAUUUGAUCAUUUGCAAAACGUAGUUAACCUUAAAGUAUUAGGUAAUGAUAAUUAUGACGACAAAGCUGAUGAACUUGAUGUAAUACAACGUAAUGUAAUACAACUCCCCAACGAGCAAAUCGAGAAAAACCGUUAUAUUCUACGAAAAUAUCUCGAAUGUGUACAGUUUUGUGGGAAACAUAACCUUCCAAUGAAGAACAGCGGUGACAAUGAUACAAUGACCUCCGAAAAUAACUACGGUCUAUUCCAAGACGCUGUUGAACUAUGCAAAGGUUGUGACGUAAGUCUGCGGUGCUAUUUAGAAAACUCGACUAGCGUAAAUUGGACUUCAAUGACAAUCUACUACGAUUUAUUGGACUGCAUGUUCCUUGUAGCCCGGCAGAACAUUUUGUCGGAAAUGGAAAUGGUGCAAUUCGUUUCAAUAAUUGUUGACGGGAGACCCCAUGUUUCAAGCACAGUACAUUUGGUUAUACUGUUCCGCUAUGAAUUAAAAGGUAAGCCCGUCGAACGUUUUUGGGGGGUUUUGAACGCCGCCAACGGACACGAUGCAGGAUCACUGUCGCAGACAAUAAUGUCAGAAGUGAACUCGAUCUUAGUAGACGCACCGUAUAAAGUGGUAUCUCAAUCGUACGGCGGUGCAGCGGUUAUGACUAAAGUAAAUGUCGAGGUUAAGGAAAUGUACCCAUACGCGUACUAUAUGCAUUGUCACAUGCACCAGUUGCACGUAGAAAUGAUCCAGUCGGUUUCGGGGAACAAAGAAGUCGAAAUGUUCUUUUCGGAUUUGUCGGACAUAACUGAAUUCUUUUCAAGCUCGCCGCAAUGGGUAGCCGUGCUAGACGGAAUAACGGUCAAUUUCACUGGGACGAGCGGCACUCUGAUCACUGUUUACAUGUAUCGUAAUGAGAUAAUGCGUUGUAUGGACGUAAUAAUGGAAACAUCGAAACAGAAGUCGACAAUCAAACAGGCGGGUUCGAUAAAACGUAUACUGACUGAUUCGGUGUUUGUAGUGUGGUUGGGGGUCUUCUAUGAAAUAAUGCCAAACGUCUACAGUCUCCACGACAGUGUGCAGACCGCCGCAUUGGACAACACUGCUGACGAACGUGUAUCGAUUUUGGUCCAACAGUUCGUAAAACAAAUAUCGGACGUACGUAGUUUAGUUCCCAAUAUUGUUGAAAUUUCUUCGAACUUUCCGGACGUAAAUGUUAAAAGAAAACGUAAAAAUAAUGUUAAUAACAACUACUACGACAAUGAAUCUCGGAAACAAUCUGCUAUUGACAUUUGUAAUACUUUAAUAGAUACAACUAAAGAUCGUUUAAAGUUCACUAAACACUUGACCGCAAUGAAGCUAUUUCAAGCUGAAAAAUAUCCUGUGUAUACGAAAAAAUUUCCAAUUCAAUUACUUCAGUGUACAUUUAGUUGUUACCCAUUUGUCGAUAAAGAUAGACUGAAAAGUGAACUAAGUGUUAUGUAUUUUAGAGAUGAUUUUCGUACUUUGUCCGGUAUUAUUCCAACAUAUCAAUACAUUUUAAAGAAUGAUAUGAUUGAUACUUUUAAAGAAGUGACUUUGUUAAUAAGAAUAUUAAUAACGGUUCCUCCAAUGACCACUGGACAAGAAAACAGUUUUUCAACUUUAAAAAGGAUUAAGACGUUCCUAGGAAACACUAUGGUUGAAGAAAAAUUAAAUGCUCUAGCAAUGUUAAAUAUUGAAAAUAAAAUGAUUUCAGAUGAUACUGAUUUUAAUAAAAAAACUUCUUUACUUUAUUUUUCCUGCAUUGAAUAA